AUGGAACUUCAAAAUAGAGGAAGCCAAAUUUUGGUAAUUCGAAUUGAUCUUGGAAAUGGUGACCAAGACGAAAUAACAGUCUACGAAGAGGAUGAGCCAUCAGAGCUUGCUUCUCAAUUCUGUUUAAAGCAUAGCCUUGACGAAAGUGUUCAAUCCGCUCUCAGCAAUAUGAUCGAGCAUAACAUCGACCUCUUAAUUGAAGAAGAAAUGUCUAAAAAAGAAGACUCGAACAUUGGGGCUGAAAUGUAUAUAAAAGGUCUUCAAAUGAAAGAAAAAGUAAAGCAAGAAGUAGAAAAAGCAAGGAUCAAAAAUGAAGAAGACGAAAUGAAAGAAGCCACAUUUAAGCCUAAAAUCAAUUCAAGCAACAGCUUAAUUUUUAACAAAGCUAAACACCUGCAUGACUGCUUAAAAAGCCAAAUGCAAGAAAUAAAGGUAAAGGAAACGACGGAGCUCUCAUUUUCGCCAACUAUCAAUAAACACAGUAAAAAUAUUAUUGAGAAGAAAAGCAACGAAGAAGAUAAGUUUCUUGCACUUUAUGAAGAAGCAAAAGCAAGAGAUGAGAGGAAAAAUAAACUGACUGAAGAAUAGUAAUUUUUAUAUAGCCGAAAGCAAGUUUAUCCAUUCAAGCCUGAAGUUAAUGAGUUGCCAAGGAGCUAUAGAAGCUCCUCUGUGACCAAAAGGCCAUCUGAAGUUUCUAACCCGCCAAAAAGUUCUGAAAGAAUCCAGCAAAUAUUCCAAGAGCAACGAAUAAAUCGCUAUCUUUCACUUUUCCAGCUUAUGAAUCCUACUCCUGAAGGAAAAGUGACUUAUUUAACUAUAAGGUCUCAUAAAUUGCCUGAUCUUAUUGCAAAUAUAUUGUCUCCACUUUUGGAUGAACUUGAAGAAUCUUCUGAGGAAAUUGAUUUCACUGAAUUUUUGAGGGCAAUGGAUGCUUUAGUUUCAACCCUAGAUAGCACGAAAAAAGCAAUCCUUUUAGCACCUGGCCAACGGUGGGGUAAUCAAAAAAGCAUCGAAAAAGGAAAAAAUGCAAAACUUCCUAUGUAUGAAAGGCAGCUAUUAAAGCAAUUGAGAACGGAAGAAAAAAUCAAAGAGAAAAGGGAAAAUUUGAAUGCCCAGAAGAUGAAAGAAUGCACUUUUCAACCGCAACUUGUGAAGCGGGCUAAUAACUGUAGGUUAAUGACAUCAUAA